AAAGGCUCUUUGCAGAGAUUCACCUCGUCCUGAGGGGGCGCGCGGCUCGUCGAGUUUAAUACGAGGAGAUGAGAGGAGCUCCAGUUCAUUCACUGUCAGACCCUUUCCACGCCGCGGGACCUGCUGAAGUUUGAACCAAACCUCUUUUAUGUGAGCACACAGAGUAUGGACGGUGCAUAAAAAUGGACUAUUUUGGAUAAAUGUGGAGUCAUUUGUACAUUUGGAUUUAGAUUUUUAUUUUUUGUUUAUAAAAUUCUGAUGCGGUAAAGGGAUGAAGGAUCGCUUCAUUCAUGUGUUCUAAGUGUGUGUGCGAGCGAGAGAAAGAGAGAUGAUCUUGUGCACUGGUUUGCGGGUUUGAUUUUUUAAUUUAAUGGAUCAGCAGCGUCAAUAACUUAUUAAUAGGAGCUCGUUUGAUUUCAUAGAGUCGGGUUUAGGUUUUUGGUCUCUGACUUGUGAAGAGUUUAUCUCUUGAGGGAUUUGUCUGUGGAAAGGCAUGUUCUCUGGCUUCACGCCGGUUGGAGCAUCUUUGCGGCUCCGGUCGGAAAGGUUUCGCCUGCGCUGGGACACAUUUGGACCACAGGGGAGAUGAGAGCCGCGCUGAUCCACUUUCUCUUCUGCUGCUUCUCCCUGCUUUCAGCAGCCGCUGAGGAAGCACCAAUUCCGCAAGAGCUGAUUGAGAGACUGUCUAACAGCGAGAUCCGCAGCAUCAGCGACCUCCAGAGGAUCCUGGAGAUUGACUUCGUAGAGAAUGAGGUGCUGGAGGACGUUAAACAAGGCCACUAUAAGGAGCAUCUGUAUGAUAGCAGACACCUCAAGAACUCACACUCCAGACGCAAGAGAAGCAUUGAGGAGGCAGUGCCCGCCGUCUGUAAGACUCGCACAGUGAUCUACGAGAUCCCACGCAGUCAGGUCGAUCCCACGGCCGCCAACUUCCUGAUCUGGCCUCCGUGUGUGGAGGUGAGACGAUGCUCAGGCUGCUGCAACACCAGCAACAUGCGCUGCCACCCAUCCAAAAAGCAGCACAGGACCGUGAAGGUGGCCAAGGUGGAGUACGUACGCAGGAGGCCGAAGCUCCGGGAGGUGCAGGUGCAGCUGGAGGAUCAUCUCGAGUGCGUCUGCACGUCCAAACAUCACUCAGAGUCCCGCAUACACACGGAUAUAAGGUGAGCGUGGCACUGGAUAAAAGAAAGCAGAGGAGGGCCGUUGCAUCCAAUCAGAUAACUCAGACUGCACGACAGCCAUUGAGUGAUAUCAUCUGAAAAGUCGAGGCGGAUGUGAACUGUUCAACCCUGAGUGAAUCAGAACAGCCUUUUUUGGAUCACUUUGGACUUUUGAUGCACCUUUAGAAGUCACCCGCAGAAAGAGACUUUGGUUUUGGAAUAAAACCCAGGGGAACGAAGCACCGCAAACUAGAGACUGCAAGGACAGAGUCUUGCAAAAGACGAACUUUGAGUCGCAGAUGUUGAAAUUCUGAUGCCAUGAGCUUUUAAAGGAGCAUCUAUCACGACUUUAUUUGUGUAUCAAGAUUUAUUUUCUCCAGAUAUCUGUAUCAUCUUAUUUUUGUAACUGCCAGUUUUCUAUCAAUACUGAUCUUCUCUUGUAUAUGCCAUAGAAUGAAUGAGUACAACAAGACACAAUCUGCAGUAACUAAUACUAAUAAAGUGAAUACAUUUUAUUGUGUUUGUUUGACAGACAGCUGUCCCAAAUAUCA